UGCGGCUGGGCCGGAGUCCUGGGCGGCGGUGCUGGGCGAGGGCGGUGCUGGGCAGGGCGGCGACCGCUCCCUCCCGGCCCUGGUCCCGCCUGGGAAGGGAUGCAGGGAAGCCCUUGGGCGCUGCGCUCCGAGGCAGGAGACGGUGUCCCCCUCCGCGCCUCGACUCCUGGCGCCUCAGAGCCCGGCCCAGGCCGCGGAACGGUGAUGCUCGGGCCGGACGGGCGGGCGCGGCCUCCUGCGUCCCGGUCUUCCUAAAGAAAGAAAGAGAAGGAGACUGAAUUGGGAUGAUAACAGAAAGUUCUAGAGAUCCAGCUGAAAUGUGUAUCUGAAAUGCAAGCUCACCGGGGCAGAGACCUGUGGAUUGCCGUACGCUGCCCUCCGAACCUGGAUCAUGAAGGUGUUGGGAAGAAGCUUCUUCUGGGUGCUGUUUCUGGUCCUUCCCUGGGCAGUGCAGCCUGUGGAGCACGAGGAGGUGGCGCAGCGUGUGAUCAAACUGCACCGCGGGCGAGGGGCGACCGCCACUCAGAGCCGCCAGUGGGUCCGGGACAGCUGCAGGAAGCUCUCAGGGCUUCUCCGCCAGAAGAAUGCGGUUCUGAACAAACUGAAAAAUGCAAUUGGAGCAGUGGAGAAAGACGUGGGCCUGUCAGAUGAAGAGAAACUGUUUCAGGUGCAUACAUUUGAAAUUUUCCAGAAAGAGUUGAAUGAAAGUGAAAAUUCCGUUUUCCAAGCCAUCUAUGGACUGCAGAGAGCCCUGCAGGGGGAUUACAAAGAUGUGGUGAACAUGAAGGAGAGCAGCCGGCAGCGCCUGGAGGCCCUGAGAGAGGCUGCAAUAAAGGAAGAAACAGAAUAUAUGGAACUUCUAGCAGCAGAAAAACAUCAAGUUGAAGCCCUUAAAAAUAUGCAACAUCAAAACCAAAGUUUAUCCAUGCUCGACGAGAUUCUUGAAGAUGUAAGAAAGGCAGCAGAUCGUCUGGAGGAAGAGAUAGAGGAACACGCUUUCGACGACAACAAAUCAGUCAAGGGGGUCAAUUUUGAGGCAGUUCUGAGGGUGGAGGAAGAAGAGGCCAAUUCUAAGCAAAAUAUAACAAAACGAGAAGUGGAGGACGACUUGGGCCUUAGCAUGCUGAUUGACUCCCAGAACAACCAGUAUAUUUUGACCAAGCCCAGAGACUCAACCAUCCCACGUGCGGAUCACCACUUUAUAAAGGACAUUGUUACCAUAGGAAUGCUGUCCUUGCCUUGUGGCUGGCUAUGUACAGCCAUAGGAUUGCCUACAAUGUUUGGUUAUAUUAUUUGUGGUGUACUUCUAGGACCUUCAGGACUGAAUAGUAUUAAGUCUAUUGUGCAAGUGGAGACAUUAGGAGAAUUUGGGGUGUUUUUUACUCUUUUUCUUGUUGGCCUAGAAUUUUCUCCAGAAAAGCUAAGAAAGGUGUGGAAGAUUUCCUUACAAGGGCCGUGUUACAUGACACUGUUGAUGAUUGCGUUUGGCUUACUAUGGGGGCAUCUCCUGCGGAUCAAACCCACGCAGAGCGUCUUCAUUUCCACCUGUCUGUCCUUGUCGAGCACACCCCUCGUGUCCAGGUUCCUCGUGGGCAGCGCUCGGGCUGACAAAGAAGGCGACAUUGACUACAGCACCGUGCUCCUUGGCAUGCUGGUGACGCAGGACGUGCAGCUUGGGCUCUUCAUGGCUGUCAUGCCGACUCUCAUACAGGCGGGUGCCAGUGCAUCUUCUAGCAUUGUCAUGGAAGUUCUGCGAAUCCUGGUUUUGAUUGGUCAGAUUCUUUUUUCGCUAGCGGCGGUUUUUCUUUUAUGUCUUGUUAUAAAGAAGUAUCUCAUUGGACCCUAUUAUCGGAAGCUGCACGUGGAAAGCAAGGGGAACAAAGAAAUCCUGAUCUUGGGAAUAUCUGCCUUUAUCUUCUUAAUGUUAACGGUCACGGAGCUGCUGGACGUCUCCAUGGAGCUGGGCUGUUUCCUGGCCGGAGCGCUGGUCUCCUCUCAGGGCCCCAUGGUCACCGAGGAGAUCGCCGCCUCCAUUGAACCCAUCCGCGACUUCCUGGCCAUCGUUUUCUUCGCCUCAAUAGGGCUCCACGUGUUCCCCACAUUUGUGGUGUACGAGCUCACGGUGCUGGUGUUCCUCACCUUGUCAGUGGUGGUCAUGAAGGGGCCAGAAUCUAUGAUGAUCGCUGGGCCACUCCACCAGCUUUUAGCUGCUCAGCCCAGAGACACGCAUCUCUCUUUUCUCCUGGCGGUGCUGGUCCUGUCUCUCAUUCUGCCGAGGAGCAGCCAAUACAUCAAGUGGAUCGUCUCCGCGGGGCUUGCCCAGGUCAGCGAGUUUUCCUUUGUCCUGGGGAGCCGGGCACGAAGAGCGGGCGUCAUCUCUCGGGAGGUGUACCUCCUUAUACUGAGUGUGACCACGCUCAGCCUCUUACUCGCCCCGGUGCUGUGGAGAGCUGCAAUCACGAGGUGUGUGCCCAGACCAGAGAGACGGUCCAGCCUCUGAUGCACGGAGAUGAUGGACCUUGGAAGGGAAGCAUCUGUGGGGAGUGUGCGCUUAAAUGGCCAGCAGCUGCUCCUUAAAUGGAAGCUCGCACCUUGGCAACAGAACAGCUCUCUAGCAAAGUGUCGGUGCAGUCGUGUUAUCCUGGCUUUUACAGAAUAUUCCUGUCCCAUUGUAGAAUUUUCCAGAGUAGUUUAUUUGCAGUCAGUUGAUUAUGUGCAGUAGACCCGGGACGCUGCAUUUUACCAGUCGCCUUGAAUGUGUUGCCUGGAUGUGCCUUUUUUUUCCCUGAAAUUAAUUAUUAUUAAUUUUCUAUUGUGAGUUCAUCAGUUCAUAGUUUUUUUAGUAAAGAAGCAAAAUUAAAAGACAUUUAAAAAUGUGCAACUUC